AUGCCAGGAAAGGUUCUCCCAUUCACCGCUAACGACAAGAAAGAGAAUUUUUCAGACUACCUAAUUAAAAUGGCCGGGACUUACCGAGUAGUUUUUCCCGCACGGAGGGCGUGCGCGAAGCGCCUGUACGAAGCCAAUGGCCGUUUAUCGGCCGCAACCGGAAAUGCUCGACCGCGUUCCGGAGAAAGCCGAAGUGCUCUCGAACCUAUCCGGAAAUGUCCGAAUCUCAUCAACGGGGAUUACGGCUCUCGGUUGUGUUUGUCUUUAUCUCUUCCUUUUUCUCUAGCUGGUUUCCAGAAUGGAGGAGCCACAGUCAAUGGAGAUGUCUUUCAGGAGUCCAAUGGCCCCACGGAUGCCUAUGCAGCCAUAGCCAAGGCUGACCGUCUGACCCAGGAACCUGAGAGCAUCCGCAAGUGGAGGGAGGAGCAGAAGAAGCGCCUGGAGGAGCUGGGUGAGACCCACAGCUGUGUGUGGCCAUGCUCAUGGCACCUUGUGAUGUGGCAGUUGGGGCCCUGGGCCCUUGGGGUCCCUCAUCUGGCAGUGACCCUUCUUCAUCCCAGAGAGGUGUCUCAUGCCCUAUGCCCCUGUGGGGCAGUGACACUUUUCAGACAGUACUAUCUGGCUGAUGGGAAGGACCUGGAGGAGUGGAACCUGCGUCAGAAUGAGCAGAUGGAGAAGAACCGGGCAAACAACAGGGCCUCGGAGGAAGCAUUCCUGAAGGAGUCCAAGGAGGAAACCCCAGGCUCUGAGUGGGAGAAGGUGGCCCAGCUCUGUGAUUUCAAUCCCAAGAGCAGCAAGCAGAGCAAGGAUGUCUCGCGGAUGCGCUCGGUGCUCAUCUCUCUCAAACAGACACCCCUGUCCCGCUAGUUGCCACCUGGCACAGCCAGGAAUGCAGCAGGGCAAGGCCAGGCUCACUGAGCCAGGUGGCUUCGUGGGGCCAGCCCACAAGGGGCCUCACCCUGCCUGCCCCCUGCUGUGCACCUCGGCUGUGCUCGAGUCACUGGUUGUAACCCUCCCCAUGGUUUUCCUUUGCUUAAAAGGUGCAUCGGUCUCUUUUUACA